AUGGAUCUGUCGUAUGUAGUAAAGAUGCUUGCACGCUCAGCGCUUUUGGCUCGUGGAGAUGCGUUCACACUCCCCGCACGAACAGCAAUGCUUGCUGCGCAGGAUAGAACACCGAAAAUAAAAACAUUCGAGAUCUAUAGAUUCAAUCCUGACAAACCUGGGUCUAAACCAGAAAUGCAGAGAUAUGAUGUCGAUCUUAAUGAAUGCGGUUCUAUGGUGCUGGAUGCGCUUAAUAAAAUCAAGAAUGAAAUGGAUGCAACAUUGACAUUCAGGAGAAGUUGUCGCGAAGGAAUUUGCGGAUCAUGUGCAAUGAACAUCGGUGGAGAAAACACGCUUGCUUGCAUUUGCAAAAUUGAUAGAAACACCAGUAAGGUUACAAAGAUCUAUCCUCUACCUCACAUGUAUGUAAUUAAGGAUCUUGUGCCCGACUUGACCUUGUUCUUCGAGCAGUAUGCUUCGAUUCAGCCAUGGCUGCACAAGAAGACUGAGCUGGAUCUGGGCGAACGCGAAAUGUACCAAACCAUAAAAGAACGGUCAAAGCUCGAUGGAUUGUAUGAAUGUAUUCUAUGCGCAUGCUGUUCUUCGUCGUGUCCAUCAUACUGGUGGAAUGCGGACAAGUAUCUUGGUCCAGCUGUGCUGCUGCAGGCAUACAGGUGGAUUAUUGAUUCCCGCGACGAUUACGCCAAAGAACGUCUUGACCGCAUGCACGAUGCUUACUCCGUCUACAAGUGCCAUACCAUCAUGAACUGUACGAAGACUUGCCCUAAGCAUUUGAAUCCUGCGAAAGCCAUUGGUGAAAUCAAAGCCCUCCUUACGGAAUUCCGUUCGAAGCCAGAUCCUGAGCAACCUCGAACGAAUCAAUGAAUCAUCGAAUGUUACAACUUAGCGCUAGAUAAAACCACGAAUAGAUACCGUCUUUGUUACACCUACCUCGGUGAAGUUUUACGUUGCAUCAUUCUAGUUUCUAUAGAUUCUACUGAAUUGUAUGGAGGUAUUUGUAUGUUGAGAGCAGUAUUCUUGUGUUCAUAUUUUAUCAAUUAGUUCUACCUCUUCCUAAGUCAUUUUUUACACUGUAAUUAGUAUAAAUAAUAAAUGUGAAGUAGC